CCGUUUAGCAGCAAUUCCUUGGUUUGUCUUUGUCAUGGGAACUUGAGUUUCUGAAUUGUUUAUGCAUGUUUUUGUUGUUUCUGAUGAAACUGGAACACACAAGACACUUCCAUGUCCCUGACAAUGACAUAGACAAAGUCUUUGAGGUUGCAGAGUCCAUGAUGCUGUACUCUUACUAGUAUUCGUUUUCUUUGUGGUCUUCCGAUUGAAGUAUUGAUCUCUGAGAGGAAAGAGAGUUGCGGCUAUUAUUAUCAGUUCACUGACAUUCUUUCUUCGGUAUGGUUGGCUACGGUAAAAAGUUGAGAGAAUUACAGAUUCAAGAAUGGAAAGGAUAUUAUAUCAAUUAUAAGUUAAUGAAAAAGAAAGUUAAGAGAUAUGUAGAACAGUUGGAGGUUGGAGCUCAAAAUCGCCAUAAUGUUCUCAGAGACUUUUCAAUGCUGCUAGACAAUCAGAUAGAAAAAAUUGUUUUGUUUCUGCUUGAACAACAAGGAGUACUUGCACAUAGGCUGUCAGAUAUUGGAAAAGAGCAUCACACUCUUUUCCAGCAGCCAAAUAGUAUAAAAAUCUCUGAAGUCCAAGAAGCAUAUAGAGAUGUUGGACGAGAUCUUUUAAGGCUUCUUCAUUUUGUGGAAAUGAAUGCUAUUGGUCUGAGAAAGAUCUUGAAGAAGAUUGACAAACGGUUUGGCUAUAAAUUCACAGACUAUUAUGUCAAGACACGCGCAAAUCAUCCUUAUUCCCAACUAAGGCAGGUUUUCAGGCAAGUGGGCAUUGGGGCAGUUGUUGGUGUUUUAUCUCAUGGUCUGGCAGACCUUCAAGAUCUACAACAAUGUCAAGGAAGCUACAUUUCUAUAUAUGACCAGCCUUCUUAUACUCAUCAGGAUCCUGUUCUCAAAUCUAUCAAAGAAGCUGUAGGCAGAUUAUCAAACUCAACAAACUUUCUUCAGUUUUUGGGAAGACAUGCUUUUACCAUGCAAGAAGAGCUACCAUCUCCAUCAGAAGAUCAAAUUGUUGAUGAAAGAUAUCAUUUUAUGUCACUUCUUUUGAACUUGGCAAACACAUUUUUGUAUAUGGUGAACACUUACAUUAUCGUACCUACGGCAGACAACUAUACUUUGAACCUUGGAGCUGCAGCAAGUGUCUGCGGUGUGGUCAUUGGUACAAUGGCUGUUGCACAGAUGUUUUCUUCAGUUUAUUUCAGUGCAUGGUCAAACCGAUCAUAUCUAAGACCCCUCGUAUUCAGUAGCAUUGUUCUUCUAAUUGGAAACACCUUGUAUGCAUUGGCUUUUGAUAUGAAUUCAAUAGUAGUUUUACUCAUAGGACGCCUUUUCUGCGGGUUAGGAUCUGCAAGGGCUAUUAACAGGCGUUAUAUCAGUGAUUGUGUACCUCCGAAACUUCGGAUGCAGGCUUCAGCAGGUUUUGUUAGUGCAAGUGCUCUGGGAAUGGCUUGUGGUCCAGCUCUUGCUUGCUUGUUACAGACAGAUUUUAGGAUUUACAAGUUCACCAUGAACCAAGACACUCUACCUGGCUGGGUAAUGUCUCUUUCAUGGCUUAUCUAUCUACUGUGGUUGUGGAUUUGUUUCAAGGAACCCGCUCAUGAGAAUGAAGCAAAUCUUGUGCUAUAUGAAGCAACUACAGGACCAGCAGUACAUGUUGCAGUAGAGAACGAGCCUACUCAACCAUUACUAAUGAACUCCGAAGAAAAAGAGCAGGAUGAAGAAGGAGAAGAGGAAAAUGAUAAUGCUGAAGAAACCAAGAAACCAGUGACUUCUAUUGUGGUGGCAUACAAGUUACUUACACCAUCAGUAAAGGUUCAGUUAUUUGUCUAUUUUAUGCUCAAGUAUGCAAUGGAGAUCGUACUUGCCGAAUCAAGCCUCAUCACGGAAUACUAUUUUAUUUGGUCAACCAGCAACGUAUCCAUUUUUCUUGCAUGUCUUGGUCUUACAGUGCUUCCAGUAAAUAUUAUUGUUGGAAACUACAUCAGCAACAUGUUUGAAGAAAGGCAAGUUCUACUCACAUCAGAAAUCAUGGUUUGCAUUGGACUACUCCUAAGCUUCCAUAUAAUGAUUCCUUAUUCAGUAACUCAAUAUGUUGGAUCAGCCCUUCUCACAUUUGUGUCUGCUGAAGUUCUUGAAGGAGUAAACCUUUCACUUCUAUCAAAAGUGAUGUCAUCAAGGCUUUCACGUGGAACCUUCAAUGGGGGAUUGCUGUCAACAGAAGCUGGAACUCUAGCUCGAGUAAUUGCAGAUGGAACAAUAACAAUCUCUGGAUAUUUCAGUGAAAGUAAUCUCCUCAACACCACCUUACUCCCUGCACUUCUCAUCUGCAUCUCAUCCAUUAUUGCUACCUGCUACAGCUACAACUCUCUUUAUUAGAACAAUAGCAGUCAGCCUUUCCAUAAAAGCAUUGAAAUCUGAAGUGUAUAUAGUGAUUCUGUAAGCUGAUCACUUACCUGUGAUCAGUAAAAUGCUGUAAUAGUUAGUGUCAGCAGAUAACUGAAUCAAGUUGACAGAAUAACGUUUUUGACAUCUACUGAUAUGCUUUUAAAGAUAACGCUGGAACAUAUCGCUCUA